UUAAAAUGAGGAAUGUUUUGGUGUGGUCUUUAACCAGAUUUGUGACCUAUAAAUAACAAUGCUGUAAUUUAUUAAUUUAAAAAUAUUUGUUUAACAUAUUUUAGAGAAUUUUAAAAUGAGGUGGUGAAUGUCCAGUAUUCUAAAUAUAAACGGGAGUGUUGUUUUUAAUUCUUUUGGUGUUAGUAGGUCUGUUUAUCCUAAAUAGAAAGUUCUUCCUUGGUGGUAUUGCAUAAAAGUCUAUAUUUAAAAAUGGAAGAUAUAUUUCACUGGUGUCGAGAGGGAAACGCAAUGCAGGUUCGAGUGUGGCUCGAUGAUACGGAGCAUGACAUGAAUUUGGGUGAUGACCAUGGGUUCAGUCCACUUCAUUGGGCCUCUAAGGAAGGUAAUAGCAAAAUCGUUGAACUUUUACUGCUGCGAGGGGCUCGCGUUAACGCCACCAACAGAGGAGAUGACACCCCUCUACAUUUGGCAUCCGCACACGGCCACAGAGACAUAGUUUUAAUGUUGUUAAGACAAAAGGCGGACGUUAAUUUCACGAACGAACACGGUAACUCCCCGCUGCAUUACGCGUGUUUCUGGGGCUAUAGCGAUAUAGCCGAAGAUCUACUGCACCACGGAGCGUUGGUGUCGAUCGCGAACAAAGACGGCGACACGCCGCUCGACAAGACGCGUAGAAACUUGGCGAAGACCCUGCACGACUUGGCCGUGGAAGCCGGACAGGAUCUUAAGAAAAUCAAGUUCAAAGACCAAAGUUGGCUCGGUCUGAAGACGAGAUCGCGCGACGCCACCCUUUCAAGGCACAAGGGCAUAAACAUCAAAGAGCUGAUUCUACGCGACAAAAUCGCCAGUUCUCCCAGUGGCGAAACGUACAAAGGAAUAUGGCAAAAGAACGAAAUUGUCGCAAAAAUUCUGGCAAUUCGUCACUGCACCUCGAGGGUGUCUCGAGAUUUCAACGAGGAGUUCCCGAAACUGCGCAUAUUUUCGCAUCCGAACGUUCUACCAGUCGUCGGCUGUUGUAAUUCGCCUCCGAAUCUCGUCGUUAUUAAUCAGUUUAUGAGUUUGGGCUCCUUGUAUAGCGUGCUUCACGAAGGAAGUAGUGUAGUCGUCGAUACCGCGAUGGCGUUAAAGUUUGCCUUAGACAUCGCUCGAGGAAUGUCGUUUCUGCACGGUUUGGAACGGAUAAUACCGCAGUAUUACUUAAAUAGCCGUCACGUAAUGAUCGACGAAGAUUUAACCGCUCGAAUCAACAUGGCCGACGCGAAAUUCUCCUUCCAAGAGAAGGGCCGCAUUUACUACCCCGCCUGGAUGUCGCCCGAAGCCUUACAGAAGAAGAUCGGCGAUAUCAAUUGGGAAGCGUCGGAUAUGUGGAGCUUUUCCAUUUUGCUGUGGGAGCUGGCGACGCGCGAAGUCCCGUUCGCCGAUCAGUCGCCGAUGGAGGUCGGAAUGAAAAUUGCGCUGGAGGGACUGCGAAUCGGCAUCAAACCGGGCAUCUCGCCGCAUUUGACGAAAUUAAUCCGAAUUUGCAUGAACGAGGAUCCGGGUAAACGGCCGACAUUUGACAUGGUUGUACCGAUACUUGACAAAAUGAAACGAUAACUGCCAUUUGUACAUGUUUUUUUUCUUGUUAUUUAUUGCUCGAGUGCCUUUAAUAUUGCCUUCUAGAUUUAAAAGAAAUAAUAUUUUUUGAUAAAUGCUUUACUUUUUUAGAUCUAAUGUUCAGUAUUUUAACGGCGAUAAUAUAAAGAUGGAGAGUGGUGCUUCCCUUUAAUUGUAUAUUUGCAUCUCUAAAUGUUUAUUUACAUUACAGCCAACGUAAUUUAUUGGGAUUGGCGAAGAUACGAAUUUAAUUCUAGUAUCAAAAUAUUUCUAAUGUCAUUAACUUUUACUAUGUAUGUAUUAUUAUAAUUAUUCUUACCUA